GCCACCUGCCUUACGCCGCGACUCGAGCUCGACCCGCCGAAGGGACUCGAGUGGGUGCUCGUGGAGGUGCCAGGGCUGGGGCGAGUGAUGCAGCUCACGAGACAUGACGUGCGCCUCGAUGAGUGGAACGCCGUGGUGCGGCUUGAGGGCGGCUGGCAGCGCGUGCUGGCGGUGGUGCCCGACGAGAAGGCCGAGCUCGUGAGGAACGCGCGAGAGGCCCACCGCGGGCGUAAGUUCGAGGAGUGGAUGGAGGAUCGAAAGGGUGACGAGGUGGCAGACUCCGUUGGGCUAGAUGAGAUCGGCGAGCGCGCGGGCGCCUUGGCGGAGCACCGCGAGCGCGCAGGCGCGCAGGAGGGGGCCGAGGAGGUCAGGACCCUCUGGAUCGUGAUGGGCGAAGCUGGGGGGCGCCAUAAGCCCUGGCGCUCGGUCGCGCGCGAGCUGAGCUCCCACCUCUUCCCAGAGAAGGGCAUCGGUCAGAAUGAGCGCGCGGCGAUCGAGAUGACCACCCUCCUGACGGCGGUUCCGCACGCGGGAUCGCAUGAUCAGCUGAACAUCGCGCCUUUGGCUUCGACGGAGGUGAUAUGCCGACGAGUCGCCCAGAUCAUAGAGGCCUACCGCGACGACCCCUCGAGGCCCAAGUGGCAGGGCCUGGAGCCAUGCACGGGCAUCGCCGGGCCGUUGCAGGUCGCCGAUCCAGGUCUAAGGAGCGCGGUUGCCCGCAAAAACAAGGAGAAGGCCGAGAUUGAGACUAUGAAGAGCAGGCUCAGCGGGCAGCCCGCCUGUAGCCAGCUCGCGGCGGACGCGGCGGAGGGGCUGCCUGGCGGCCCAUCGGGCCCGAAGGGCCCCAAGGCUGGCGGCGGCAAGGGCGGCGCAGACGGCGGCAAG